CUUGGCUGGGGAUCCUAUUUUGAUCAUGCAGUCACCUGGAACAAACACAUUGAGGAUGAGAAUACUAUGAUCAUAAUAUAUGAAGACCUGAAAGAGAACCUGACUGCCAGUGUAAAGGAGAUAGCUGAAUUUUUUGGAUUCUCUCAAGCAGUCAAGCAGAUCCAGUCCAUUGCAGACAGGGCCACUUUCCAGGCAGUGAAGGAUAAGGCACAGGAGACUCAUGAUGAUGUUGGCUCAAUUAUUUUCCGCAAAGAUAAAUUUGUUUGUGUUGUUGGAGAUCGGAAAAGUCUUUUCACUGAAGCUCAGAACCAGGAAAUGGAUGCCAAAUUCAAAGUGUGCUUAAAAGUAACUAAGCUGGGAGCAAAGUUAAAAUAUGAUGUGUACUGCAAGGCUUGA